UGUCACUGUAUCUCUCUAGGUUUUUCUAUCCGCUAUCCAGUUUGCCACCGAAAGUUAUUCAUCCUAUGAAAAAUGUCCAAAUAUAAGCAGCUGGUCCUUAUUACCGGCGCCAAUCAAGGCGUCGGCUACGAAACCGCCAAGAACCUAGUUCUGUCUUCCGUCAAAUACCAUGUCAUCAUUGGCAGUCGAGAUGAAGCCAAGGGGAAGAUAGCAGCCCGUUCCCUCCAGUCACUGGACGACAUCAAAGGAACGGUCUCAAGCAUCCAAAUUGAUGUUUCGGAUGACAACUCCGUCGAUGCCGCUGCCCAAACUCUAGCUUCUGAAUGGGGCAGAUUAGAUAUCCUCGUCAAUAACGCAGGUAUCAUCUCAAUGGCCAGCCCUCCAACACGCGAAGCUUUUCGCAAAGUUCUCGAGACAAACCUCGUCGGUGCACUCAGCGUCACCGAGGCUUUUCUCCCCCUUCUGCGCAAGUCAGAGCAUAACCCUCCUCGUCUCAUCUUUGUCACAUCAAGCACCGGAUCCAUCACUCAUGCAUCCAAUCCUGAAUCUCCACUUCAUAGCGCCGGUGCGGCAGAGUACCGGACUAGCAAAGCUGGACUGAACAUGCUUAUGGUUAUGUAUAAUAUUCGACUCAAACCAGAGGGAUUAUUGGUGUUUGGGGCGGAUCCGGGGUUGUGUGCGACGAACUUUACCGGUGAUGCCGAGUCUCUUAAACAUCGAGGAGCAGCCGAGCCGGCGGAGGGAGGGGAACGAAUUGCGCGUGUUGUUAAGGGUAAGAUGGAUGAAGAUGUUGGAAAGGUCAUUGGAGUUCAAGGUGUAAACCCGUGGAUAUAUAUUUCUAACAUCAUGGCGUUGACCUGGUUCAUCACUGGCUGCUCCAGUGGUUUUGGCGAAUCCCUCGUCCGUCAACUUCGAUCCGCAGGCGAUAACGUCAUAGCCACUGGCCGCAAUGCCGAUACAAAGCUAUCUCAUCUCAAAGACACAGGCGCAACCAUUUUGGAUCUAGAUGUUUCGUCUUCUCCUAUAGUUAUCAAGACCAAAAUCGAGGAGGCUUGGAGUAUCUACGACGGAAUUGAUGUUGUCGUCAACAACGCGGGGUAUAUCCUCAGUGGGGCAGUCGAAGAGCUGACUCAGGAGGAUAUGGAAAAGUCAUUCCAGGUCAACUUCCAUGGACCUAUGAACAUCACCCGCGCGGUCCUGCCGUGCUUGAGGAAGAAGGGAUCGGGAACUUUGCUUUUCGUCGGUUCUCAAGCUGGCUGGCACGCCGAUCCCAGUGCAUCUGGAUACUGCGCCAGUAAAUUCGCUCUGGAGGGCGCCGUUGAGUGUCUGUCCAAAGAACUCGCCAUCUUCGCUCCAGGUCUGAGAGUUCUCAUCGUAGAGCCAGGCUACUGCCGCACUCCUGUUUUCAACAAGAUUCAACACGUUGAGGCUCGUGUUCCUGAGUAUGCUCAGUUCAACGAAGCAGUGAGGCAGGCUGAGGCGACCUUGACGGAUAAUUCGCCGGGAGAUCCUGAGAAGGCUGUUGCGAGGAUGAUCAACUUGGUUAAGGGAACGGGCUUUGCAGAGGGGAAGAAGGUGCCUUUGAGAGUACCUUUGGGUUCGGAUAGUUGGUGGAGAGUGAAGGCAAAGUGCGAAGAGACCUUGGAGAUUUGUCGGGAAUGGGAGAAUAUGGCGAAGAGCGUAGAUAUAUCUACGGGCUAGCUCGACAUGAGCUAAAUAAUAGAUUUAAAAUCGCAGGGCAGCAGAUAACCAGCAGCUUGGCUUUAUGAACUUUUGAGUAAAUAGAUCCAGAUAGUCCGGGAUAGCAAAAGACAACUAACAAACAGUAGAUAUAUAAUUCAUUCGAUUUGGCAAAAAUACAAGAUUAGGGUCUGGCCGGGGAUUGAACCCGGGACCUCUCGCAAGCUAAGCUAUAGGGUUUUCCCUAAGCGAGAAUCAUACCACUAG